AUGAUAAGAGAGUGGAGGUUAUUAUUCUGGGUGUGCUUGGCAAUCAAUAGUGUUGUUGAAGCACAAAAUCCAUUGGGUCUUCGAGCAUCUUCCGCUCUUCGUGGUAUACUAUUCGGUACAGCUGCCAAUGUAAAUAAUCUACGAAAAGACGUUGAUGGUGGUCAAUACAAUUCGUUUAUUAAAAAGAACUAUCACGUCAUUGAACCAGAAAAUGAUUUCAAACCUAUGAAGUUAUGGCAUGGUAUAAACAAUUAUAAUUGGAGCAACUGUGAUUGGCUCUUAGGGGCUACUACUAACUCCACAGGUUGGGCUCAGCAGAAUGGAAUGCAAAUCCGAGGCCAUACUCUUGUAUGGGCAAAUGAUAAAAAUAUUCCCAAUUGGUUGUUGAAACAAGAAUCAUCGAUAUCAUCAGAAAAAGUUAAAUCGUUAAUGUAUGAUUAUAUUCAUGCUGUUGUUGGUCGUUAUCGUGGAAAAGUUCCAUGGUGGGACGUGGUCAAUGAGGCCAUUGAUGAUUCGAAAAAUAAUAGUCGUCCAUUUAACUUGCGAGAUAAUUUUUGGUAUCGAAAAUUAGGUCCAGAUUUUGUUAAAUAUGCUUUUAUCUUUGCUCAACAAGCUGAUCCCCAAGCAAAACUAUAUUAUAAUGAUUACAACAAUGAAGAUAUGGGAACAAAAGCAACUCGAGGAUUUGAAAUGCUUAAAUGGGUGAGAUCACAGGGAGCAACUGUUCAUGGAAUCGGUAUGCAAUGGCACAUACGAGUAUCAAAAAACGUCAAGUUUGCUGAUCAACAUUAUCAAAAUGCCCAACGAUUAAUUGACAAUAGUUUCGAAUUUAUGGUCACUGAACUUGAUGUAGCUAUUCAAAUCAAUGAUGGAAAUCCUCGAGAUCCUAAUGACGUGGAAAAGCAGGGUCUUCUUUAUCGAUCUAUUUUAAAAUAUGUGUUAUACUUUUCUCCAAAAUGUCGUGCUUUGAUUACAUGGGGUUUUACUGAUCGAUAUAGUUGGGUUCCAGCUUUUUAUAAUGGUACUGAAGGAGCUGCUUUACCUAUUGACUGGAACUAUCAACCCAAAUUAGCUUAUUGGCAAAUGCAAGAAGAAUUAGCUCGUGUUCUACCCAAUGGGAACUAUCGUCUCUCGCCAGAAUACCCACCAAACAAAUGUCUUGGAGUUUAUGACAACAAUAUUACCCGUAGUGUUAUUCAGCUCUACGAUGACGGUUGCAAUACUCCAAAUAAAAAAUGGACGAUUACUUGGUUAAACCAUGGAACUUAUCGGUUAUCACCAGUUAGUACUAGUGUUCACGCUCUUAGUACCUAUAAUACAACAGCGUCUAUUGGUGAAGUGAAAAUAAACAAUUCGUUAUUUGAUAUCAAUCAGGAAUGGGUAUUUUCAUCAUACGGAAAAAACUUAUUCCGUAUCAGACCACGCUCUGCCUGGUGGCGAGCACUAUCCGUUUAUGGCACGACCAAUGUCGGUAUCAUCGAUUUUAUUAACGGAGACAAUAAACGAUGGACUGUAACUAGUAUUUAA